AUGCUAAGGGCUUGUCAUGAAGAUGCUGAUGCAUUUCUCAUUUCUGAUUUCAAAGGGGGUGUGGUAGAAUCAUCAGCAACUGGGAAUCAGACUUCAGGGAGACGACAUGUGAACCCAGCUGUAUACGGGAGGCUGUUAAAUUCAGAGGAUGGGCUUGGAAUGGGAGACCUCCCAUCACCUGGGACCAGUUCUGGCAUGGACAUCCAAGUCCCUGGUGCUGGGAGACCUCUCCCCAUCAAUAGAGGAGUUCUUGGAGGAGAAUUUCGAGAUCCUGCCACGGGCCCACUGAGAAAACUUUCUGUGGAUCUCAUCAAGACUUACAAACACAUCAAUGAGGUUUACUAUGCAAAAAAGAAGAGACGUGCCCAGCAACCCCAGACAGAGAAUAGUUUGCACAAGAAGGAUCGAAAGAUCUAUAAUGAUGGUUAUGAUGAUGACAAUCAUGAUUACAUCAUCAAGCCACAGGAGAAAUUUCUUGAUCGCUAUGAGAUUGACUCACUGAUAGGGAAGGGCUCCUUUGGACAGGUGGUGAAGGCAUUUGACCACCAAGAACAAUGUCAUGUUGCCAUCAAGAUAAUUAAAAACAAGAAGCCCUUCCUAGACCAGGCACAGAUUGAGGUCAAGCUACUUGAAAUGAUGAAUAAAGCUGAUGCUGACAACAAGUAUUACAUAGUGAGACUAAAGAGACAUUUCAUGUGGCGGAAUCACCUGUGCCUCGUGUUUGAGCUUCUUUCAUACAACCUCUAUGACCUCCUGAGAAACACCAACUUCAGAGGAGUGAGCCUGAACUUGACACGGAAAUUUGCUCAGCAGCUUUGUACUGCUCUCCUCUUCCUUUCUUCUCCUGAGCUCAGCAUUAUUCACUGUGAUCUGAAACCUGAGAACAUCUUACUUUGUAACCCAAAACGCUCUGCCAUCAAGAUUGUCGACUUUGGAAGUUCCUGUCAACUUGGCCAGCGUAAAUACCAGUACAUUCAGUCAAGGUUUUAUCGAUCACCUGAAGUUCUACUUGGUCUCCCUUAUGACCUUGCCAUUGAUAUGUGGAGUCUAGGGUGCAUCCUGGUUGAGAUGCACACAGGAGAACCUCUGUUUUCUGGAGCCAAUGAAGUAGAUCAAAUGAAUAAGAUUGUGGAAGUCCUUGGAAUGCCGCCUGCACAUCUCCUGGAUCAGGCCCAGAAGACCCGUAAGUACUUCGACAAGCUUCCUGAUGGAACCUACAUUCUUCGCAAGACCAAGGAUGGGAAAAAGUAUAAACCACCAGGAGCUAGGAAGCUCCAUGAUAUCCUUGGUGUGGAGACUGGAGGACCAGGUGGAAGACGCUAUGGGGAACUGGGUCAUUCCAUGGCUGAUUAUCUCAAGUUCAAGGACUUGAUAGAACGAAUGCUGGACUAUAAUCCCAAGACACGCAUCACACCUUACUAUGCACUCCAGCACAAUUUCUUCAAGCGCACUACAGAUGAAGGCACGAACACAAGUCAUAGUGCCAGUGCAAGUCCAGCCAUGGACUGUAGUGGAGUGUCAAUGCCUCUUCUAACCACCAACCGCACCACCCCAUCCUCUUCCUCGUCAUCCAACAAUCUCAGCAACAGUGCCUCUGGUGGAGGAUACAUGGGGCAUAGAGGGGGGCAAAGUGGAAGUGGAGGACAUCUCCAUCAUCUGUUUGCUAUGCCUCUCCCACCUCCCAUGGAAGUGGAACCUGCUCACCAUCAUCAUGGACAACAAAUCUACCAUCAUUAUCCCCCACCACCUCACUUACUAGCAGGAGUGGGAGUGGGUUUGGGUGUUGCCUUUCCUCCCAGCCACAAUGGUGGUGGUAGUGUUGGCAGUAGUGUUGGCAGUGGCAGUAACAGUACUAGUGGUCAUCACUCGCUGCCUCAUUUACAGGCAGCUCCUAUCUCCGGUGUGAUCCUUGACUCGUCCAGCAUGGUAGCCGGACCUGGUACCUCGAGCAAUCUCGUUAGCUCGUCCUCAUCCUCUUCACCGAUGGUGUGUUCCGCUCAGAGCCCUGUUGUGUCAUCACACUGACACCUGGCCUUCUGUUAGGCCUUCCUUUUCCUCCUCCUCUUCCCACCCUCUCUAAAAUCUCUCCCCGUGUUGUUGGGAAACAAUUAUCUUCCUCACUCUAUCUCUCUUGCCCAUUUUCUCUUCCCAAAAUCUGAGUAAUUUAUUUUCUAUAUUUUAAGAUACAAGAUGGCAACUGUGAGCGUGUCAGUGAGCAAUGAGCCUUCUCCCAUCCCCAUGCCCUAGUUUCUCUCUUUUCUGUUUGCUUUUCUUAGCCUGUUUCCCUGACAUUAUAAUUGACCAAUGAUCAUUGGUCAUUUUGCUCACAAAGGGACCAGAUGAAAUAGAAGGAUAUGAUAGGUUGUUUGUGUGUUUGAUUAAUGACUGCUGAUGCUAAUGAUUCCAUAUCUUCUAUGAAGCGUUGUGAGUGAAUUCCACCAGGGUAUUGUGUUCAUUUUUUCUCAUCUCCUCUGCAUGAAGAGGUUGGGUAGAUGGCUCACAACCUUCUGCUUCUCCUUAGCAGUUCAUGACCAUCCUUCUCAUUGAAACCUUCCACAUGCUCCCUCUCACUCCAUUUUCAGUCUGGAAGUUUGAGUUCUUCCAAGUGUGGUUUUUCUUGUUGCCUAGUUUGUCCAUUUUCUUCUCCAUGAACUUUAUACAAGCUUGGGCAGGAGAGGAAAAAGGGCAUGGGAUGAGAGAAAACAAAUUCUGCAUGAUGAUUCCGUGCUUCUGCUGAAUUUCUCCCUGACAUGUUUUAUGCUGCAUGUACAUAAGAGAGAUCAAAGAGAGAAGGCAGUGGAAGCCAAGUGUGAGUGGGACUUUCACAUGCACAUUUUGUGAUUUUGAUGCAAGAGAGGAAACCAAGGUAUCCUCGGCUAUUUGAUAUUUGCCCAGGCUCCCACCCUCUCUUCCCCUCGGAAGCAAGAAGCCGAAAACUAUUAUUGAUUGAUUGAUAAAAGGAUAUUGGACAUGAA